UUCCCGACCAGGAAGCCUGGGAAAUAUAGUCUUGUUAGGCUCGCUAGGCUGCGGGGCAGGAGCUCGGGCUGAUCGUCAUCCCUGCGGUGAUCCCUCAGCGAUCCGCUUUGCUUGUUUUUUUUUUUUUCUUCUCCCUCCUCCCGGUGCCAGGCCAACCCACGGGAUUCUGGCUCUCCCGCCAGGCCUGCGACAGAGUGCGCUCGGGCUCCGGCAUGCGCAGAGCUGUGGUGAGGGACUUAGGUCGGGUGUUUCUGGGAUGCGCUGAGCCGUGCACGCGGCGGGAGAGCCUGGACCGCCCUGCGCGCUAACCUGAGGCAUGUCCAGGCCAUCCCUCAUCGCAUUUACCCCAGCAGCCGACUCCAGUGACCUCUGGAAAGAUGGACAGCAGCAACCACAGCCGGAGAAAGCAGAGCCUGUCCUGGACGGGGCUGCAGCCCGGGCUUUCUAUGAGGCUCUAAUCGCAGGUGACAGUAGUUCCUCUAAGCCCCAGAGAGCUGAACCUACCAGGGAGAAGAAGAGAAAGAGAAGAAGAGUGAUGAGGGAGCCUGCAGCAGCAGGAGUCCCCAGACAAGGAAGAGCACUUGAGGAUGAAGACAGGAUGACCCAGUGGAUCCUGCUGGCAGCCCAGAAUGGGGAUCUGACAGAACUCCGGAGACUGCUGGAACCCCAAGAGGCAGGGGGAGCUGGAGGGAAUAUCAAUGCUUGUGAUGCCUUCUGGUGGACCCCCUUGAUGUGUGCUGCCCGAGCAGGCCAGGGCGCCGCUGUACGCUAUCUCCUGGGCCGAGGGGCUGCCUGGGUCGGAGUCUGUGACCUGGGAGGCAGAGAUGCUGCCCAGCUGGCUGAAGAAGCAGGCUUCCCUGAGGUAGCCCACAUGAUCAGAGAGAGUCAUGGAGAGACAAGCGGCCCUGAGAACCAGAACCGAUCUCCCCCCUCCUCGUCCCAGUUCUGUGAGGACUGUGGUGCCCACUUUGAAGACUCCAACCACCGCACAUCUACUGCUCACCUGCUAUCACUGUCCAGAAGACCCCAGCCCUCCAACCUUCCUCCCCUUGGGGUGCCCACUUCCAGUCCUGGCUUCAGGCUGCUCCUGAGAGGUGGCUGGGAACCAGGAAUGGGGCUAGGACCCCGGGGUGAAGGCCGUGCCAACCCUAUUCCCACUAUCCUCAAGAGGGACCAGGAAGGACUGGGCUACAGAUCCCCACCCCAACCCCGAGUCACACACUUUGCAGCUCGGGAUACCCGGGCUGUGUCUGGGAGAGAGAGAGUCCCUCGAGUUGCCACGCUGAGUCAGAGGGAGAACAGAAGGCGAGAAGAGAAGGGCAGAGCCUGGGAGCGAGAUCUAAGACUGUACAUGAACCUCGAGUUCUGACUGAUACGGACUGGCCCUGGUCUGUCACUCGCUGGACUUGGGCCUCUGACUUGGACACUUGGACUUCCGGACCCUUAGGCUGUGGCUGUUGGGCUCUGCUUUUAGAAGGGUGAAGAGUGGGGAGAUAAAUAAACUUCCUUCCUUG